CGUAGCGCGCUACCGUACACGAAUUGAGGCGAAAGAAUAAACUUUUUUAUCUUAUCCGUACCGUAAACAGUGCACGAACAAACAUACGGAGUGUAUUUUCGUUAAUUAUUAUUUAUGUUUCCGUGUGAGGCUACUUCUGUAAACAGGUACACAAUGGCUCGCGUCACAGUUCAAAGAUCAGUUUGAGAAUCACCCAACAUGCUGGAGAGACAGCGGUACAACACAACUUAUAACGACACGGACGUCGACAACACAAGACUCAUAUCACUGUUGACCAACAACAACAGUGACAUAGGAGAAUGGCUGAAGGUUCUAGAAGACAUGAGAAGCAAAUACAAUAUUACUGUGUCGGUAAAAGGGUGCGAUUUUACCGAUUACUGCGCGGGGGAAUUCCGAAGUGUGAUCUUGGCGUAUAACAGCGUCCAUGGAUAUAUUAGUUUCUUGAUUUGCCUUUUCGGUACCUUAGCGAACGCCCUGAAUGUGGCAGUACUCACCCGGCGCGACCUCGCCGCGGCGCCCAUCAACAGGCUGCUGAAGUGGCUGGCGGUGGCCGAUGUCUUUGUGAUGCUGGAGUACGUCCCUUUCUCCAUAUACAGGUAUCUGCUGUUCCCCGGACAGGCGGAGCGGCCGUACUCGUGGGCGGUGUUCAUGCUGUUCCACAUGCACUUCACCCAGCUGCUGCACACUGCCUCCAUCCUGCUUACCCUCACCCUGGCUAUAUGGAGAUACCUGGCCAUCAAGUACCCGUCGCAUGGCGCAUCAUUAUGCUCUGACCGGCGCUGCUCGCUGGCUAUCCUGUGCAGUUUCCUCCUGCCACCCGUGCUGUGCAUACCCUCAUACUUUGUGUUCAGCAUCCACCAAGACUACACUUUCGACCGUCCUCCCCUCAAGGUAUACUACGUGGACUCCAACUACGACGGCAGCCUCUACCAGAUCAACUUCUGGGUUCACGCGGUCGUCAUCAAACUGCUACCUUGCGUCAUACUCACUGUGAUCAGCGCUUGGCUCAUCCGAGUCCUAUACCGGACGAAGAGUCGGAAAAAAGCGUUGAAGGGCUACAACGCUUGUCCGUCCAAUGGGAAUAUAUUUACGAGGAAGCCAACGAAGCGCUCGAAGGCUGAGCGGCGAACGGAUAGGACGACGAGGAUGCUCGUCGCUGUGUUAUUGCUGUUUCUGCUCACGGAGUUCCCUCAGGGGAUUCUUGGUCUCCUAAGCGGCAUGCUAGGGCGUUGCUUCUUCAAACGUUGCUACGAUCUCUUCGGCGAGAUGAUGGAUGCCCUGGCCCUGCUGAACGGCGCCAUUAACUUCGUCCUGUACUGUGCCAUGUCCAAGCAGUUCAGGACCACCUUCCGACAGAUCCUGUGGCGGGAGAAGCCCAGGGCGAGCUCGCAGACGGAACUGCAGACGACUUAUGUGUAAACUUUAAUUGGCAACCCUAGUAGGCAUGGUCACUAUACAGGAUGUAACAAAACUAAGUGAUGAUGCUUUAGGAUAUUGUGUAUGGGUCCCCUGUAGCUCACUGUGAUAAUAGCGGCGCUGAAAGAGUAACUUUUUUAUUUUUAUUUUGUAUGGCAAAAUUCAUGAAGCUCGGGCGCUUGUCUAUACAAAUAACAAAAAAUGGUUCUUUCAGCGCUGCUGCUUUUACAGCGAACUCCAUACAGGGGACCUAUACACAUCCUAAAGUAUUACUUAUCACUAAGUUUUGUUACA